AUGCGGUGGUACUCUGGCAGUGCCGAGAACCAGGUGCCGAAUAGUCGCAUCUGGGGCUUUGACGAGAUCAAGACGCUGGUCGAGAAGAAGGACCCCGAGGAAAAGGUCAUCCUCGUCGACGUCCGCGAACCCUACGAGCUCCUCGACACCGGCAAGAUCCCCGGCGCCAUCAACAUCCCCAUCACCUCCGCCGUCCAGAGCUUCCACAUCUCCGACGAGGACUUUGAAGACAUGUACGGCUACGCCCGCCCGCCCAAGGAUGCCUCGCUGGUGUUCUACUGCAAGGCUGGCGUGCGGGCCAAGGCGGCAGCGGGUUUGGCGCAACAUGCUGGAUGGGAGAGUGUUGGCGAGUACCCGGGCAGCUGGCUCGAUUGGGAUAAGAACAAGGGGCCGGUCGAGGUGGUUAAGCAGGGAAAGAAGGACAAUUAA